AUGGACGAACGAGUUCAGACGGUCGAGCAAGUUGACGCAGCUACAGAAGAAAUCCCUAAUGACGCCAUUGGUUUCUUCAUUCUUUGGGGUUUUGUCUUUACUCUCAUCUUCUUGGGAAUUGUUCUUGAAUCGAUAAAGAAAUACCAAGCGAAGAAAAAGUCUAAGGAAACUGACCCAGAAUCGAGCGCGGAAGAAGCUCCCGUCGAAGUCGAAGAAGUUGAGCUUCAAGCAGUCGCUAGCACUGAAAUUUGA